CAAGCACACGCGUCGUCGUCUUCGUCGAGCAGGAUAUAUAUACCCGCGCCAUGCUGCGUCCCCAGCUCAAACCAUCAUCAUUUAGCCACACCGCGACGAGCAGCAGCAGCACGCAGCUGUUCCCCUCCUCGCCGUGCACUAGCCUAGUUCGCCAGCCGUCGUCGAUCGCCGGAGCAGCUGCCGGCCGGACGCGGCGAGCACCAGGUGUAAACGUUGUACGGUGCGCGUCGGAGGCGGCGAGCAGCAGGAGGAGCGACAGUAGCUCUGCGUCGUCAUCAUCGGGCAUGGCGGCGGUGGUGCGGGUGAAGGCGGUGGCGACGUUCAAGGUCACCGUCGGCGGGCUGCUCAGCAGCCUGAAGCCGUCGAACGCCAUCAACGGCGUCAAGGAGCUCAUCGGCAGGUCGCUCUUCCUCGAGCUCGUCAGCUCUGAGCUUGACGCGAAGACGGGGAAGGAGAAGGCCACCGUGCCGAGCUACGCGCACAAGGUGGACGACGACGACCAUGGCGUGGUGACCUACGAGGCCGACUUCGACGUGCCGGCCGGCUUCGGCCCCAUCGGCGCCGUCGUGGUCACCAACCACCUCCACCAGGAGAUGCUCCUCGAGGACGUCAACCUCACCGCCGGCGCCGCCGCCGGCAACUCCACCCUCCUCUCCAUCCGCUGCAACUCCUGGGUCCAGCCCAAGUCCGGCAAAGACGACGCCACCCCCGGCCAGCGCGUCUUCUUCGCCAACAAGACCUACCUGCCGGGCCAGACGCCGGCGGGGCUCAAGGGCUACCGGGAGCGGGGCCUCCAGGAGAAGCGCGGCAAUGGCACCGGCCGGCGAGAGGACGACGACUCCGUCUACGACUACGACGUCUACAACGACCUCGGCGACGUCGACAGCAACUCCGAGAACGCCCGCCCCGUCCUCGGCGGCAGCAAGCAGUUCCCCUACCCUCGCCGCUGCCGCACCGGCCGGCCCCCUUCCAAGAAAGACCCCAAGUUGGAGACGAGGAGCGGCGGCGUGUACGUGCCGAGGGACGAGAAGUUCUCGGAGGUGAAGAACGCUCAGUUCUCGAUCAAGACUGUCACGUCGGUGCUCCACGCCGCCGUGCCGGUCUUGCAGUCGGCAUUCAUCGACAGAAACCAGGCCUUCCCGUCCUUCUUCGUCAUCGACAAGCUGUUCGAGGACGGCGUUGCGCUGCCUAGCGUCGAGAAGCUCGGCUUCCUCAAGAGCAUCGUGCCCCGCGUGCUCGAGCUCCUCCGCGACGGCCCCGGCGACGGGCUCCUCCACUUUGACACUCCGGCGAACGUCCAAAAGGACAAGUUCGCAUGGCUAAGGGACGAGGAGUUCGCGAGGGAGACGCUCGCCGGCGUCAACCCGUACGCCAUUGAGCUCGUCAGGGAAUUUCCCCUGAAGAGCAAGCUCGACCCGGCGGUGUACGGUCCGGCGGAGUCGGCGAUCACCGCCGACGUGCUGGAGGCGCAGAUGAGGCGCGUGAUGACGGUGGCGGAGGCGAUCAAGCAGAAGAGGCUGUUCAUGCUGGACUUCCACGAUCUGUUCUUGCCGUACGUGCACAAGAUCCGGACGCUGGAUCACACCACCAUGUACGGCUCGCGCACCGUCUUCUUCCUCACCAGCGACGGCACGCUGCGGCUGCUGGCCAUCGAGCUCACCCGGCCGGCCUCGCCGUCGCAGCCGCAGUGGAGGCAGGUGUUCACCCCGUCCACGGACACCACCGAGUCGUGGCUGUGGCGGAUGGCCAAGUCCCACGUCCGCGCGCACGACGCCGGCCACCACGAGCUCAUCACCCACUGGCUGCGCACGCACUGCGCGGUGGAGCCGUACAUCAUCGCGGCGAACCGGCAGCUCAGCGAGAUGCACCCGAUCUACCAGCUGAUGCGGCCGCACUUCCGGUACACGAUGGCGAUCAACGCGCUCGCCCGCAGCCGGCUCAUCAGCGCCGGAGGUGUCAUCGAGUCCUCCUUCUCGCCGCAGAAGUACUCCAUGGAGCUCAGCUCCGUCGCCUACGACAAGCUCUGGCGCUUCGACAUGGAGGCGCUCCCCGCCGACCUCGUCCGCCGCGGCAUGGCCGAGGAGGACCCGACGGCAGAGCACGGCCUCAGGCUCGCCAUCAAGGACUACCCGUUCGCCAACGACGGGCUGCUCAUCUGGGACGCCAUCAAGAGCUGGGUGCAGGCGUACGUCGCGCGGUUCUACCCCGACGCCGGCAGCGUCGCCGGCGACACGGAGCUGCAGGCGUUCUGGACGGAGGUGCGCACCAAGGGCCACGGCGACAAGAAGGACGAGCCAUGGUGGCCGAAGCUGGACACGCCCGAGAGCCUCGCCUACACGCUGACCACCAUCAUCUGGGUCGCCGCCGCGCACCACGCCGCCGUCAACUUCGGGCAGUACGACUUCGGCGGGUACUUCCCCAACCGCCCCUCCAUCGCGCGCACCAAGAUGCCGGUGGAGGAGCCCGUGGACGCCGCCGCCAUGGCGAAGUUCCUCGACAACCCCGACCAGGCGCUCCGCGACUGCUUCCCGUCGCAGGUGCAGGCGACGGUGGUGAUGGCCGUGCUCGACGUGCUGUCCACCCACUCCCAGGACGAGGAGUACCUCGGCGGCCCGGAGACGAGGCCGUGGAACAACGACGCGGCGGUGCAGGCGGCGUACGCCGGGUUCACCGCCCGGCUCAAGGAGAUCGAGGGCGUCAUCGACGGCCGGAACAAGGACAGGAGCCUCAAGAACCGGUGCGGCGCCGGCAUCUUGCCGUACCAGCUCAUGAAGCCCUUCUCCGGCGAGGGCGUCACCGGCAUGGGCAUCCCCAAUAGCACAUCCAUCUGAAACACCACCAAGCCCGGCCCCCACAUCCACUUUGCAGAUGAUCAUUCAUGCAUUGCAUUUGUCUCAAACUCUCAAUUAUUUGUUUAUGUACAUCCGGUUGUGAUUCAUUAUUCAUCUGAAUAUUAUUUCUCUGUAUAAAUAAGAAGGGAUUGUUUGCUGCUCAUGCUGCGUAUUGAAAAAAAAUCUAUGAAUA